AUGGCCAAUCGCUUGCAACUUAGCAAAUCUAAAUCCACAACAAUAAUUUCGGGAAUAGGAGCAUCUGAUAUUUUAUCAAAGGAAAACGUUAUUUUGUACAUGCAGGCCUCUGAUGGGUCCUAUUCCACAUCGCUUUCGGCUGUCAUUGUGCCAACCAUCACAACAUUGCAGCCUGAAACAAAUUUGUCGAACGUUAAGUGGAAUAUUCCGGCAAAUAUCACGUUAGCGGAUCCUUCAUUUUUUCGCCCACAGAAGAUUGACUUAUUAAUUGGUGUAAGUUUAUUCUUCGAACUAUUAUGCGUGGGGCAAAUUUGUCUGAAACAAGGCCUUCCAAUAUUGCAAAAAACAAGACUAGGAUGGAUUGUGGCAGGAAAGGUUGAAGUCGGGUCUUCGAAAGCAGUAGUCUGCGCUGCUACUUCAAGUAACUACGCGGACACUUCAUUAAACGAUUUAGUCAAAAGUUCUUGGGAGAUAGAAGACUGUGCUGAGGAAAACAUAAAGCGUACUAAAGAGGACCUGAACUUGGUGCGGGCGAAGCUCAAAUGCAUGGAUUUUGUGACGCUAGUAUGGCAGCUUACGGAGCGUGCGUUUACGUUCGAGUAA